GGGAACGCGCGCGAUACAAUCGCGAAGAUGCUCGUCCGCGUCGUCGUCCUCAGCCUGCUGCUGACGAUCGCCCUGACCUCGGGAGAGAUUCUCAACCAGGGAUGGUGGAGCCAUACGGUUUUCUAUCAAGUUUACCCUCGCAGUUUUAUGGACGCCAACGAUGACGGCGUGGGUGAUCUCAAAGGCGUUACAAGCAAACUCGAGCAUUUCGUGGAAUCUGGAGUAGGGGCGAUAUGGCUGUCGCCCAUUAAUCGAAGUCCCAUGGUCGACUUUGGAUACGAUAUCUCAGAUUUCAAAGACAUCGACGGAAUAUUCGGUACAAUAGAAGACUUCAAGGAUCUCGUGGCACGCGCGAAGAAGCUCGGGCUGAAGGUUAUUCUCGACCUUGUGCCUAAUCACACUUCCGAUGAGCAUUAUUGGUUCAACCAGAGCGUGCAUCGUGUCGGCAAGUACGCUGAUUACUACGUAUGGGCCGAUGGGAGAAAUAACAACAAGGAUCCACCGAACAAUUGGCUGAGCGUGUUCAGCGGCCCGGCCUGGACAUUCAACGAGACCCGGAAGCAAUGGUACUUUCAUCAGUUCGAGCGCAGACAACCGGAUUUGAAUUACAGCAAUCCCAAUGUGCAAGAGGAAAUGCAGGAAGUUAUCGAGUACUGGUUGCGAAAAGGCGUGGACGGAUUCCGCGUGGAUGCGGUGCCUCAUCUAUUCGAGACGAAUUACACGUCGGACGAGCCCGAGAGCAAAGCACCGGAUGUCACGAAGGACGAUUACGGUUAUCUGAAUCAUACGCUAACGAAGGAUCAACCGCAAACCUACGAAUUGGUGCGAAGUUGGAGGAAGAUCUUGGACGAUUACGCUAAUCGAACUAAUACGGAUGAGAAGGUGAUGAUGACCGAGGCGUACACCUCGUUGGAAAAUACCAUCAAAUAUUACAAUUACGGUUCCCACAUCCCCUUCAAUUUUAACUUUAUCAUGAACGUUAACGCCAACUCCAAUGCCGCGGAAUUUAAAAAUAUAAUAGACGAGUGGAUGAAGGCGAAACCCAAGGAUGGCGUAGCUAACUGGGUGAUGGGAAAUCACGAUCGCAAUCGUACCGCCACGCGUUAUCCCGGAAGACCCGAUCAGAUGACGAUGUUGGCCAUGACGUUGCCAGGCGUGGCGGUUACGUAUUACGGUGAGGAAAUUGGCAUGGUUGACAAGAGCGACAUAAGCUGGGAGGAUACACAGGAUCCCCAGGCUUGCAACGCGGGCAAAGAGAAAUACAGAAGUCGAUCUCGCGAUCCCGUUCGCACGCCGUUCCAGUGGAACUCGGGGCUUCACGCAGGUUUCAGUAACACCAAGAAUAAAACCUGGCUGCCGAUCCACGAAAAUUAUCGCACUGUAAAUUUGCACGCUCAAAAGAGCGCCAAUGAGUCGCACUACAAGGUUUAUCGUGCUCUGACGAAGUUGCGCGAAACAUCCGACGCGCUCAAGUCCGGAUCAGUGACUACCCAAGUGUUGAACAGCACCGUUCUGCUCGUCCUGCGGAAGACGCAAAAGGAAGCCGCGACUUUACUGAUAAAUUUCUCAAUUCAAAACAAGUGGGAAGGUGAUCUGACGGGAGUCCUCACGGGAUUCGAAGGCGGUGUGGUUAAAGUAGCGAGCGUGGAUUCCAAGAUACGGGAAAAUCAAAUUGUCGACCUGAAGAAAGUUAAUCUCCCGGCGAGAGCCUCGAUGCUCUUCCUCUCUGAUGGCAAGUAAACCAAUUCUAAGCGAAGCAACGGCGAGGUUUCAGCGUAUGUGACUGAGCUUCGGACGAUCCCGCCGCCAGCGUUUUUUCCGACAAUAUAAUGUGUUGUACAUGUGAUCGGAGCGACAAAAAUAAAUAAUCAAUGAAGGACUCGCUCUCGCUGUAAUCGCACGUUGUACACGGAUGAGAAUACAGUAUUUUAAUUACGAGAGA